AUGACGAGCUCAGAAUCAGAACAGGCGCAGACAUCACGGAAGCGCUCACGCAGGAGGGACAGCGUUGAUGACGGUGGUGCUGGAGGGAAGAAGGCUAGGGGCCGUCCACGGGUAGACACACAGGACGCCACGGCUGCAGAUCGUGCAUAUCGGCAGCGGAAGGAAACCACCAUCGCGUCGUUGAAGAGUCAAAGCACACAGCUCCACUCGAUAAUCGAGCAGAUGAACAAGGCCUUUCUAAAACUAAACGAGUCCACCGUCAAGUCAGGUCUUUUACAGCUGAAUCCGAGUUUGGCCCAAGAGUUCAAGCUGGUAACGGAGACGUUCGCGAGCUUAACAAAGACAGCCAACGAAGGCCAGUACGAGGGAGACGAAGAUGGUGAACACGGCGAACACGGGAUUGAAGGGAAUGGUGCACCAAAGCUGGCUGAACCGGAGCCUGAAGUGCAGCACAUUGGAUGGGGAUAUUCCGCAGUUCCGAAACCAGCCGCUGAGAAGCGUCCGCAGCCACAAUUGUCAACACCGGAUAGCUACCUUGCCCACAUCAGUGCUGCAUAUGGCAAUGUAGACUCCCGCAGGAGCGAUCUGGUGGGUUGCCGUCAGUUUGGAGCUGGUUCGGUCUUCGACCAGUCGCACCGAUCUUCGCAGCCUCCAGCAGACCCAUCACCAUCGCAUACUUCAUCCCAACCGACGCAGCUGCCUUUCGGGCUUGUAGACCUUCUGAGUCAGCAUCAACCACCGUAUGGAACAUCAAACCUACACACGUACUCCGUCCGUGUACCGACGCCUGAAGCGACACCGCCAACGAACAGACUGCCCACGCCGCCUCUAUCGAAAAUAUCGUCGAAGACGCUCCCUCCGGUCACAACGUACAGUUUCCAAGAAACAACAUUUGCGAGACGAUUGUCGAGGGCGGCGCUUGAGGCGGGGUUCCAUUUGCUUAGCAACGCCCAAGCUCGUCCUACGGCAAUCAACCGUGUCUUCAAGCUUUCUCUACCUCAUGAGACCCUCGAGCAAAUACGAAGCCGCUUCCGAACUAUCAUGGCCCGUGGCAUUGACGAAGACCUGGAUUGGUGGGAGUCGCCAUUCCUCCAUCUCGGUGGUGCAGGAACUCAUUAUCCGCGACGGGACGCUGCCGGCAACGUAAAGUCUGUCAGAAACGGAUGGAACGUACGGCAAAUUGGGCCAACAGAGAACAAGGUGCUCAUAAUAGAGAAUACAGAAGACGGUAGGAGUGAAGAGCUACGCGGCGUGGACCUCCGGGGAUACGAGGGGGAAUGGUUCGAUUGUUACGACGUACAGGGCUACUUGGAAGAAAAGUACUCGUGCAAGCUCGACCCGAAAAGCUCGUUCGCCGAGUGUGUCAUCGAGGUUGACGACGAAGAACUGUCCAGAACCCCCAAUAGUGCACUACGGCAUCGGCCACACAACGCGACGAGUCUGCCUCCUCUUCACCAGAACUCCGCAAACGGAUCGGCAGCUCCGUCAACCACCUCGACAAAUCCGCCAAACAACUCUUACAACAUCGCGGAUAGUGGAUCUUAUGGGCUAGACCUGUCUUUUGGGAACACCGGUGAAUACCCUAGGCUUGUCAACUACGAAAUAUCAUAUGAUCAGACCCUGGGUUUGGAUCUCGCACCUGGGUAUGAUUAUGGGUUUUCGCAUACACCCGCCUUUCACAUGGACAACAUAGAUCUGGGCAUGAACAUGAUGAGCGAUGUAGCGGCAGCUCUACCAGUGGUGAGGCAGAAACGGAAGAAGACUGCCUGGCUAGACGUUUCGAAGCUGAUUGAUGGUGAGUGUACACAUCCACGAGAGGUCAACAGUUGGCUGACGAUUACGACAGAGAUCAUUAUACACGGCGUGUGUCUCGGGCGAUCACCGGGGUAUAGGCGCAAGGACGUCGAUGCAGCGGUACAAAAGGCUUUGGUGCAUGAUCAUUAG